AUGGAACUUGACACCGGCGCUCCAUGCUCCAUCAUAACCAAAUCAAAAGUAGCUAGAAUCAAACCAGAGUUUCAGUUACAGAAGACAGAUCGUCACUUCGCUAGUUACACGGGUCACCGCAUCAACUGCAUUGGAAAGACGUCCGUCAACGCCACCAUUGGUGCCACCACUAGCAACUUAUACCUCUACGUAGUUGAAGGAGACAACGUCCCUGGAAAAAUCUCAGGACCACCAGCGAAAAUGCCUUUGAAAAAUGGUGCUACUCCUAUCUUCGCCCGUGCUGGAGAUAUCCCAGUUGCUCUCCGUGAUGCGUACGCCAAGCAAAUCGACUCCAAAAUUUCUUCAGGCUUCUACAAAAGAGUCGAUUAUUCAGAGUGGGCAUCAACAACACACGUUGUCGUCAAGAAGAAUGGGAAACUGAGAAUCACUGGUAACUACAAGCCAACACUCAACCCAAGGAUCAUCAUCGAUGAACAUCCGAUUCCGAAGAUCGAACACCUGUUCCACCGAAUGCGGGGCGCUUGUCUUUUCUGCCACUUGGAUGUUACAGACGCCUACACCCAUCUCGAGGUCGAUGAAGAGUUCAGCCAUGUACUAACGCUCAAUACUCCAACUCAUGGUCUCAUCCGGCCAAAACGAGCAGUGUAUGGCGCAGCCAACAUUCCUGCUAUCUGGCAAAGACGAAUGAAGACAGUGCUACAAGGACUUGAAAAUGUCGUAAGUUUUUUCGAUGACAUUAUUGUAUAUGCCGACAAUUUUGAUAAACUGAUUCAAGCAUUGAACUUAAUCUUAGACCGAUUUAGGCAACAUGGGCUCAAGCUAAACCCAUGUAAAUGUACCUUUGCGGAACAUGUCUUAGAAGCUCUUGGUCACAAGAUUGAUGCAUCCGGAAUCCACAAAUCUGAUACACAUAUCCGUGUAGUACGUGAUGCACCCAAACCAAUAAUUCCAGAAGAACUACAGCUGUUUCUUGGAAAAGCAACUUAUUAUAAUUCGUUUAUUCCAGAUCUAUCUACAAGAGAUAGACCACUAAGAGAUAUGCUACUUAAAGAUCCAUUCAUCUGGACUCCAGAAGACAACAAAGCUUACGGAGAGAUUAAAAACGCUCUAACUUCACCGCAAGUACUCAUCCAGUAUGAUCCAACCUUGCCUCUUCUGUUAGCCACCGACGCUAGCAAAACAGGUCUCGGUGCAGUACUCUCUCAUCGACUAAGCAACGGGCAAGAACGUCCAAUCGCUUACGCCAGUAGAACGAUGACAGCAACAGAACAGAAAUAUCCACAAAUCGACAAGGAAGCUCUUGCUAUAGUAUGGGUGGUACAAAAAUUUUUCAAUUACUUGUACGCACGCCUCUUCACGCUUAUCACGGAUCACAAGCCAUUAACACAAAUUCUGCAUCCUGAGAAGUCACUACCAGUACUGUGUAUUAGUCGCAUGGCGAACUAUGCUGACUAUCUGGCACAUUUUGACUACGACAUUGUCUUCAAGACUUCUAAAGAAAACGCUAACGCAGACUAUUGUUCCAGAGCACCAUUAACUUCUACAGUCAAUAUUAUUCACAACUCUUCUUCCUCACAAAGGGAAGAAGCCGAGGAUUUCGACGAUUUCGAUUGUUUUACUAUACAUCAAACUCAGCAACUACCAGUGAGAGCAGAAGCAAUCGCACGCGAAACGAGAAAAGACCUACACCUUGCAGCCAACUGCUUGAUGUUUGAGCAUAAAGUAGUAAUUCCGCUUUCUCUACGAGACACCAUCCUCAACGACCUUCAUGUAGCUCACCUAGGCAUAAUCAAGAUGAAAGGAUUGGCACGUUAUUUUGUUUUUUGGCCAGGCAUAGACGCAGAUAUUGAGAAACUUGCUAAGUCUUGCACCGCAUGUGCAACACAAGCGCAUGAUCCACCCAAAUUUCGUAACCACCAUUGGGAGUACCCAAAGGCACCAUGGGAACGUAUUCAUAUUGAUUACGCAGGUCCAGUAGCCGACACGAUGCUGUUAAUCGUUGUCGACGCUUGCAGUAAAUGGGUUGAAGUAAAACCUACCACUCUUCCAGCUUCAACAAUCGCAACCUACAGCAACAAACCUACCAGCUUCAACAAUCGCUAUUAUGGACAACCUCUUCACAGCAUAUGGUACACCAAUCACUGUUGUUUCAGAUAA